AAAUCACUGGCAAUACGUGUAUCCACCACUGGACGUCAGUAUAAUCCUGAUGAUCGAAAAUUUGGCGUCGUAGAAUAUAGAUACACUGUUUUUUCCGGGAAGGAGUGAAAAUACUGAGCCUGCACACUUCAGAAAGAAAUCCAACAGAAAGCGUUAAGGAUGUGUGCUGCUAAAAUGACAGAAGGAACCUUGAACAUAGAAACCUGCAAGGCCCCUAUUUUUUACAGACAAGCUGAACCGGCCACAGGUGAAGUCAAUCUGUCUGUCUUGCUUCUGCAUGGUAUCCGAUUCUCAUCUGAGAACUGGCUCACUAUAGGCACACUGGACACCCUGGCCAAAGCUGGCUGUCGUGCCGUGGCCAUUGACCUACCAGGUUUUGGCCGGUCUAAGGCAGCUGUGGCGCCUGCUGCCGUGGGGGAGCUGGCUCCCGGUGACUUCCUGAAACGCGUGUGUGACGCACUGGGGGAGGGGCCAGUGGUGGUGGUCAGUCCCUCACUGAGUGGCAUGUACUCCCUGCCCUUCCUCUUCCAGCAUGAGGCUCUGGUCCGGGCCUACAUCCCUGUGGCUCCCAUCUGCACGGAGAAGUUCACACCAGAGCAGUACAGAGGCAUACAGACACCAUCUCUGAUUGUCUAUGGCGACCAGGAUACAGAGCUUGGGGAGGUCUCUCUGAAGAACCUAAGGGGGCUGGCCAAUCACACGGUUGUGGUGAUGAAGGGGGCGGGACAUCCAUGCUAUCUGGAUGACCCAGCCACAUGGCACAGGGCUGUCACCGACUUUCUCCACAUGUUGUGAUUUUAUGUGGUGACACUGGGAUGUCUAUGGAUUAAAAACACUAUAUGAAUAAUAAUUAAAUGUUAAGUACCUACUUGAGCCCCGUAACUUUUUAUUUUAUGUAUUUAUCUACAUAAUACUGUAUGUUGUGCCCUAUUUGUCAACCGCUAGUGGAGAGGGUUCUUGUCAGCCUGAAUUGUGCUUUGGGGAUGUGUAAAAAGGGCAUUAUUAAUAUGUUUAUUGUUCGUUUGAUGCCAAUAUAUUUCCCUGUCCUCCUGUUUUCAGAGAUGCAAAAAUAAACACCACACAAUGAAAUGAAGUGAAAAAUAUGAACAUUAUUUAAUAACUGAUUCUCUGUAAUAAACAAUUUGAAAAUA